AUGUGCCCUCUGCCCGCGAACGAAACCGAUUAUUAUCUUGAAAGUUCAGAGUAUUUUAAUGCCACUUCGUCUUAUAUCUCUGCCGUAAACGAGACUUUUUUUGAUAUUGCUACAGAAAAUAUUGCAACUCUUUUGAACGUUUACUAUACGCCGCUGCUGGUGGCGCUCGGUUGCAUCGGUAAUCUUCUUUCGGUAUUCGUUUUCUAUCGGACUAAGUUGCGACUGCAGUCCACCAGCCAGUACCUAACGGCACUGGCUUUAUCAGACACCGUUUUUCUGUUUCAACUGAUCCCCCCUUGGCUGAACGCGGUUGAAGUUACCGGUUUAUUUUACAAACACGGCUUUUGCCAAAUCUUUGUUUAUGUCACGUACGUGAGUUGCUGCAUGAGCUCGUGGCUCGUGGUCGCCUUUACGGUAGAACGUUUCGUCGCGGUGCUGUACCCGCUCCGACGCAAUGCUCUGUGCACGGUCACUCGCGCCCGUCACAUUAUCUUCACUGUUCUCUUGGCGUCAUCGCUCAUCAACCUGCCGGUGCUGCGGUUCGCGGUUCCCUCGAAAAAUGAUUGCAACAUAGAUUUCGAGUACUUAGACCAGGCGGCGCGGUUCAACCUUGUCGAUACGGCGCUGUCGUUUUCUGUACCCCUAUUUUUAAUCACAAUAUUGAACACAUGGAUAAUGAUCGGCGUGUGGAAGCUCGAGCGGCAACGGCGUCAGAUCAUGAAGGAGGAGAUGGAGAGGGCCCGCGCGCGACCGUAUCGCACCACGGGGUGCCCGCGCUCUCAGCACCGAGUCACCCGCAUGCUUCUCAUCGUGUCGUCGGUGUUCGUCGUGCUCAACCUGCCCGCCUACACGAUGCGAAUCUUGGCCUAUGCAUAUAAUAUGAACGAAGAAGAGUACAGCGGUCGGUGGGCGGCGGUUCAGCAGCUGAGCUUACUGUUCUUCAACACCAACUUCGGUAUCAACUUCAUGUUGUAUUGCUUGAGCGGGCAAAACUUUCGUCGUGCGGUGCAGCAAACACUACCGUGCCUGAGGAAGCGUGCGGACCAUCGGGCGGCGCGGCGAGCCACGCAGACCAGACCGGGCAGUGGAUCAACGACGUACGCAAGCAACACGGAGGCGACGAGCUACAACGCAGCGGCGGGCUCGUGCUGUCGACGCAACACCUGCGUGCUGGGCCGGUGGACCUUCGACAACAGCCGCCACCGACGCCAGGAGCCUCCCGUCGAGAUGAAGACGUUCUCGUGUUCUUGACAAACGGACCAGGCGCGUCUACCGGUGCGCACCAGACCUCCCUACAGCUUGUAUCCUUACAGCUACAUUGUGAAGAGCCGCGCCCCUCGCGCCUACAGCGCGGACGUUGCCGAGGCGCUCUUUAAUUAAAUAACUCAUGCAGAACGGUAAGUGUGCUCCAACAAUUAUCUAAACCGAAUGAAUUUAACAUAAAAAAU